UUAUCCUUGUAGCCAGUGAUGCACCUGCUGGCUCUCAGGGAGCACUGCCUGUGCUGAGUCUGUGAGCGAGGGCUCUCUGUAAGCCUAUUUGACUCCAUCUGUGCAGUGAAGGGGCUGCCUUCCAUGCAGGAAGGCUGUGGCUAUUGCAGUGAAUGCUGCAUUCGGAAGCAGUGACAGAAGAAAACAGCAAUGGGUGAAGUUACCAGCACCAAAAGCACCAGGAGGAUUGCUGUGCUCGCUUGUUGAUGUUGCAUUUGACCAGGAGUACAACACUGACUCCCAUCUUGCUAUCAUAGUGGAGAAAUAAAUCUGAGAAUUAGUAGCUGCACUAGUAGCAGAACGAAUUAGUAGCUAUAAAUACAACCGCUCUUAGCUGUUAGAACAAGUUGUAGGAGGGUGGGGAAAAAAAACCGAGAGAGAAAGCCAAGGGGUGGGAGAAAGUGUUUAAUGCUGCCUAGGGAAUACGAUGGAAUUUUGAACAGAUAUUGUUGCGGACUAACAGCAUGCCUGAAUGCACUUGAGUUGAAUCGCUGAGAAGCAGCCUGAUGUCUGUACUGUACCGUUUUUAAGGCUGAAGGAAGAAUGGGAAAAUAGGAAUGGAUUUGUGCACUGUAUUUCUUCAUAAGAGGAGAAUAUUAUAAAGAUGGUGGUAUGUAACUUGUAUCUUAUUGUUUUUAAGAAGAAUUUAAUCCAGACACUUCAAGAUGCCAUGCGCAGGAGAGUGAGAUUUUACAAGACAGAAAAAAGGCCUUCAGGAUUUCGUUUCUAACAAGAACAUAUGGCUUUUUGGUUUGAGGUUUUGUAAUUCUUGUCAGUUUCCUUUUCCUGUGACGUGAUACCAAAUUGUCAGUAGUCUGCAAGUCUAAAGGCUCUGUUGAUGAAAUCCUUAUCGAUGUUCCUGCUGGAGAUGCAAAUAUUUGUUUGGAUCAAUAAUUAUGUUUUGUGGAAACAUAUUUGUAUAAAUUACGCUCCAUGGUUUCCUCCUGCUUAAAAAGCCUGAUCUCUUCUUACAUAUAUAAGAUUUGCAAAGGAAUGUUUACAAAGAAAUUGGGAAAUAGUACAAAAAGGAAAGAGAGUUGUCAGAGCAAAAAGGAACAAGAUUUAACUCCAAUUGGACAAACAAAGAAUCCAAAGUUUUCAAAUACUUUAAAAAGCACCGUUAAAAAGAUAGCCAAGUGUCCAUCUGCUCGCAACUUAUCAACUGAAGAAGAGGAAAGUAAUAAAGAAUUUUCUCUUUCUCCGACAUUCAGUUACAGAGUUGCUAUUGCCAAUGGACUGCAAAAGCAUGUUUUUGUAACAAACAACAAUAAUGAAGAUUUAGCGCAAGAUCUGUCUUCAAAUGAUAGUUCAUAUUCUGAUUCAUUAAGUGAGGUAAAAAGUAGUAGCAAGAAAACAGAGUACUUUUCACACACGAUGCCUGUGAGACGCAACAGAAAGAGUUUAAGCAGCCUUGCAGCAUCUGAUGGAAGUUCUGAUGGGGAACGUACUUUACAUACGCUAAAGCUUGGAGCACUACGCAAACUGAGGAAAUGGAAGAAGAGUCAAGAAUGUGUCUCAUCAGACUCUGAACUAAGUACGUGGAAGAAAACAUGGGGCUUGAGAAGUAAAUCUCUAGACAGAGCUGGCCGUCACCAGAAAUCAAAUACUCUUGAACCUGGCUUCAGUUCAACAGGUUGUAUUAGUCAAACUCAUGAUGUUAUGGAAAUGAUCUUUAAAGAGCUUCAGGGAAUAAGUCAAAUAGAAACAGAACUUUCUGAAUUAAGAGGGCAUGUAAAUGCUCUGAAACAAUCAAUUGAUGAAAUUUCCAGUAGUGUGGAAGUGGUGCAAAAUGAAAUUGAACAAUUGCGAACUGGAUUUGUGCAGUCCAGAAGAGAAACUCGAGAUAUACAUGAUUAUAUUAAGCAGAUAGGCCAUCCAGGAAACAAAGCAAGUCUUAGGUUUCUGAAUGUGCCUGAGGAGAGACUUGAAAAAACUGAAAACAUUGUUUACAAAAUACUAACAGAAAAAAUGGGGUUCUCAGAGGCACAAAGCACUAUUAAAAUUGAGUUUGCCCAAAGACUGGGGCAACAAAGAGACUGUCCAAAUGCAAAGCCAAGACCCAUUCUAGUUUACUUUGAGUCAUCACAACAGAGGGAUUUGCUUUUAAAAAAGUCCUAUAAACUUAAAGGAACUGGUAUUGGAAUUUCUACAGAUGUUUUUUCCCAUGACAUAAAAGAGAAAAAAGAAAGAGCACUGCCUUCUUCUCAAACCUAUGAGAGUAUGGAUAUGAGGAUUUUAACUGUGGAGACAAAAACUAAAAUGCAUGACUGGGAGUCACCUGAUAGCGAUAAAGAUAUGGAAUCAGAUAUAAAUAAGAACAGUUAUGCGAAGGUAUCUAAAUCAGCACUGCAAAUAAAAGCGAGCACUACAAAGGGGAAUGUUGAGACCCCAGAUCCUAAAGACCUUAAUAGAACUGCUGAAAAUAAUACCUUUUCAAACAGAAGAAAUUAUGACAGUCAGUCACCAGAAUUUGACAAUGUGGAAAAGCAACCAAAGAUGUAUUAUUCAGACAUGACUCCUCUAUGGCAUUUGCAGAAUGACUUUGCUGCACCAAAACUUAGCCGUUCCGAGUCAGAUUUCUCAAAAUUGUGUCAGUCCUAUUCUGAGGAUUUUUCAGAAAAUCAGUAUUUUAGUAAAACAAAUGGUAGUUCAUUAUUGUCUUCCUCAGAUAGAGAACUUUGGCAGCGAAGGCAAGAUGAUUCUGCUAACUGGUAUGGUAGUUCUCAGGAACAGACCUUCUCACAAGAUGCACAACAAUAUCCAGAGCAAAAUGAAGUAGAGAACACAGAAACUGUUGACAGUGGAUUAAGCAAUGGAAUAAUGUGUGUAUCUAGAGACAGAAGCCACUACAGUGAUUCUCAGCUUUCUUUACAUGAUGACUUUUCACCAUGGAAAGACUGGAAUCAGUUGGAACAAGGGGCAGAUUUGGGCCUAGACUCAUCUACACAAGAAGUUUUUGUGUAUGAUAUGAGCAGUCCUUCAGAUCAACAGACAGAUUUUGGAAAGUGCCAAAGUUCAGAUCUUCAGUAUGAUACUGAAAGCUAUGAUUUUACCCUUGAUGGAACUUCUCCAUCGUGUGCAGGCCUUGACAGUGAAUCACAAAGUCAGUGGACUGGUCAAUAUGAUGAUUAUCAGGAAACAAAUUCUAAGUCACCUUAUCAGAAUCAAAACCGAUUGCCUAUGAUGUACCGAAGUCAGAGUGAACUACCUAGUGAUGACUCAGAAGAAGCAGCCCCUAAGUCAUGGCACAGUCGAUUAAGCAUAGACCUUUCUGAUAAGACCUUCAGCUUUCCUAAAUUUGGAUCUACACUUCAGCGUGCUAAGUCAGCGUUAGAAGUUGUCUGGAAUAAAAGUACACAAAGUUUAAGUGGAUACGAAGACAGUGGAUCAUCUUUCAUGGGAAGAUUUAGAACUUUGUCUCAGUCUACUGCAAAUGAAUCUAGCACAACACUAGAUUCUGAUGUUUAUAAUGAGCCUUAUUACUACAAAGCAGAGUAUGAAGAAGAUUUAAUUGAACCACCUGGUGAGAAUGAAACAGACUAUGUUGAAGUAAUGGAACAAGUCCUUGCUAAACUAGAAAACAGAACAAACAGUAGUGAAACAAGUGAGCAGGUCCAAGAAUAUGAACUGGGGCAACCCCCAUGUGGAAGUCCUUAUGCAAUACUUCCAGAGGAGCAGUAUGAUGGCCAGUAUGGUGACCAGUAUGACGGUUUGGUCAGUGAAGAGAUACUGGAGGUUGAAAGUGGCAUGGAUGCUCACAUGGAAGUAAGGGAAGAUGAAAAUCAGAAUGUCCAAGAGAUGCUUACUGAAGCUCCAAAGAAAAAAAGAAUACGGCCAUCAUUCAAAGAAGCUGCUUUAAAAGCAUACAAGAAACAAAUGAAUGACUUGGAAGACAAGAUCCUUUCUGGAGAUAGCGGUUCUGUGGAUGAAAAGGCUCGGAUAGUAAGCGGAAGUUCCUUGGAUGCUUCCAAGCUAUAUGCAAUCCAGGCAUUUAGUGGAGCUGGCCGUGGACUAUAUGGAAUUGAUAGCAUGCCAGACCUUCGCAGAAAGAAAUCUUUCCCCAUUGUUCGAGAUGUGGCUAUGACACUUGCAGCUCGAAAAUCUGGUAUUUCUAUGGCCAUGCUAAUCCGAACCUCCAUAAACAAUGAGGAAAUGAAAAUACAUGUUUUCAAGAAGACAUUGCAGGCUUUGAUCUAUCCAAUAUCAUCAACUACACCUCAUAACUUUGAAGUUUGGACAGCAACAACUCCUACAUAUUGUUACGAAUGUGAAGGUCUACUUUGGGGCAUAGCCAGGCAAGGAAUGAGAUGCACAGAAUGUGGUGUUAAAUGUCAUGAAAAGUGCCAAGACCUCCUAAAUGCUGACUGUUUGCAGAGAGCUGCUGAGAAAAGUUCCAAACAUGGUGCAGAAGAUAAGACACAGAACAUUAUUAGUGCUAUGAAGGAAAGAAUGAAGAUCAGAGAAAAAAAUAGACCAGAAGUGUUUGAAGUGAUCCAGGAAAUGUUUGAUAUUUCCAAAGAAGAUUUUGUACAAUAUACAAAAGCAGCAAAGCAAAGUGUUUUGGAUGGGACAUCCAAAUGGUCAGCAAAAAUAACUAUCACAGUGCUUUGUGCUCAGGGCUUACAAGCUAAGGACAAAACUGGCUCAAGUGACCCAUACGUUACUGUGCAAGUUGGCAAAACCAAACGGAGAACAAAAACUAUUUUUGGAAACUUGAAUCCAGUAUGGGAUGAGAAAUUCUAUUUUGAAUGCCAUAAUUCUACAGAUAGAAUAAAAGUGAGAGUGUGGGAUGAAGAUGAUGACAUCAAAUCUAGAGUAAAACAACAUUUCAAAAAGGAGUCCGAUGACUUCCUUGGGCAGACAAUCAUUGAAGUAAGAACACUGAGUGGAGAAAUGGAUGUAUGGUAUAAUUUAGAAAAGCGGACAGACAAAUCAGCUGUUUCUGGAGCUCUUCGAUUGAAAAUCAAUGUUGAAAUAGAAGGAGAGGAGAAAGUUGCUCCCUACCAUGUGCAGUACACCUGUUUACAUGAGAAUCUAUUCCACUACUUGACAGAAGUUAAAUCUAAUGGUGUGGUUAAAAUCCCUGAAGUUAGAGGAGAUGAUGCCUGGAAGGUGUACUUUGAUGAGACAGCACAAGAGAUUGUGGAUGAAUUUGCAAUGCGCUACGGAAUUGAAUAUAUUUAUCAGGCUAUGACGCACUUCUCCUGCCUGUCUUCUAAAUAUAUGUGCCCUGGUGUUCCAGCAGUUAUGAGUACAUUGCUGGCCAAUAUAAACGCUUUCUAUGCUCAUACUACAGCAACAACAAAUGUAUCCGCCUCAGAUAGAUUUGCGGCUACUAACUUUGGGAGGGAAAAGUUCAUUAAACUUUUGGAUCAGUUGCAUAAUUCUCUGAGGAUUGAUUUAUCUAAAUAUAGGGAUAACUUUCCUGCCAGCAAUUCUGAAAGACUUCAAGAUCUGAAAUCAACUGUGGACCUGCUUACCAGCAUUACUUUCUUUCGAAUGAAGGUCCUUGAAUUACAGAGCCCACCUCGAGCCAGUACUGUGGUGAAAGACUGUGUGAGAGCCUGCUUGGACUCAACAUACAGAUACAUUUUUGACAAUUGCUAUGAUCUUUACUCCCAAUUAAUAGAGCAGGGUAAGAAACAAGAAGUUCCUAAAGAAGAACAGGGACCAACAACAAAGAAUUUGGAUUUCUGGGCACAGCUUAUUACUCUGAUGGUCACUAUCAUAGAUGAAGAUAAAACAGCAUAUACGCCUGUCUUGAACCAGUUCCCUCAGGAGCUGAACAUGGGAAAAGUUAGUGCUGAAAUCAUGUGGACUCUGUUUGCCCAGGAUAUGAAGUAUGCUCUGGAAGAACAUGAAAAUCAACGGUUAUGCAAAAGCACGGAUUAUAUGAAUUUGCACUUCAAAGUGAAAUGGUUUUAUAAUGAAUAUGUGCGGGAGCUCCAUGCUUUCAAGGAUGCAGUGCCUGAAUAUUCUCUAUGGUUUGAACCAUUUGUCAUUCAGUGGCUGGAUGAAAAUGAGGAUGUCUCAAUGGAGUUUCUUCAUGGAGCACUGGAAAGAGACAAAAAAGAUGGGUUUCAGCAAACAUCAGACCAUGCCCUUUUUUCAUGUUCAGUGGUUGACGUCUUCACACAGCUCAAUCAAAGUUUUGAAAUUAUCAGGAAACUGGAGUGUCCUAAUCCAGAAGCACUGUCUCAUUUAAUGAGAAGGUUUGCAAAGACUAUCAACAAAGUGCUGCUUCAGUAUGCUGCGAUUAUUUCAGGUUACUUCAGUUCAUACUGUGACAAAGAAAAUGUGCCCUGCAUCUUGAUGAACAACAUUCAACAGUUACGAGUGCAGCUUGAGAAAAUGUUUGAGUCCAUGGGAGGGAAAGAGAAGAAAGAAGGAGAGAGAUUCUCUUAUGAGUUGGAUCCAGAAGCGAGUACUGUUCUCAAAGAGCUUCAAGCAAAACUUAGCAGUGUAUUGGAUGAACUCAGUGUAAUGUAUGCCACAAGUUUCCAGUCUAUUAUAGAAGACUGUGUAAGACAAAUGAGCUCUGAGCUCAAUCAAAUGAGAGGAAAUGGGACCGCAGCGGCCAAUAAGAACAGUGCAGCCAUUGAUGCAGAGAUUGUACUUCGGCCUCUCAUGGAUUUCCUGGACAAAACUUUAAGCCUCUCUGCAAAAAUCUGUGAGAAGACAGUUCUGAAACGGGUUCUAAAAGAGCUGUGGAAGAUAGUCUUGAACAAAAUAGAAAAACAAAUCGUACUUCCACCGCUGACAGAUCAAACAGGGCCCCAGAUGAUAUUCAGUGCAGCCAAAGAUCUUGGACAACUAUCAAAACUCAAGGACCAUGUGAUUCGAGAUGAUGCCAAAAGCCUGACACUGAGGCAGUGUGCAAUAAUGGAAGUAGCACUGGCUACUAUAAAGCAAUACUUCCAUGCUGGAGGAAGUGGGUUGAAAAAGAACUUCCUGGAAAAGAGCCCAGACCUGCACUCCCUGAAAUAUGCUCUUAGUCUUUACACGCAAACUACCGAUGCCUUGAUAAAGAAAUUCAUAGACACGCAGAAGUCUCAAAGCCAAACCACUAAUAAUUCAGUGGGUGAAAUAUCUGUACAGGUGGAUGUUUCUACACAUCCUGGAACUGGUGAGCAUAAAGUUACUGUAAAAGUUGUAGCAAUCAAUAAUCUCAACUGGCAAACAACAGCAAUGUUCCGGCCAUUUGUAGAAGUCUGUGUAUUAGGUCCUAACCUAAGUGACAAGAAAAGGAAACAUGGAACCAAGACAAAGAGCAACACCUGGUCACCAAAAUACAACGAGACUUUCCAAUUUAUUUUGAGUAAUGAAGAUAAACCAGGAGCCUAUGAACUUCAUCUGUCAGUGAAAGAUUACUGCUUUGCUAGAGAAGAUCGCAUUAUAGGAAUGACAGUUAUUCAGCUGCAAAACAUAGCAGAGAAAGGUAGCUGUGCGUCCUGGUAUCCCUUGCUGAGAAGCAUCUUUGUAGAUGAGACUGGGUUGACAAUUCUUAGGAUACUUUCUCAGAGGACCAACGAUGAAGUUGCUAAAGAAUUUGUAAGACUUAAAUCAGAAACAAGAUCUCCUGAAGAAACAGCCUAAAUUACUCAAGUAACGCAAGACUAUCACUGUAAGAACAUAGAUUCAAUGCUGUUGUCUGAAUAGUGCAUGCAUGUGCAAAUAUGUGGGAAUGUUUAACUGUUUUCAGUGUUUGCCAGUACUUCUGUACUAUACUUGCAAGGUAUGUCAAGGAGCUGUAUAUCUUUUCUACAUAUUUUUGUCUUUGUUAAAGUAAUUGUUCCAAUGAAGUGCCAAAACUAACAUUAAGAGUAAACUAUAUACUAUAUAUUUUAAAACGUUGAUUUUGCCUCAUCUCGAUCCCUUUAUUUUUUAACAUUUAUAAAUAAAUAGCUUUUUGAAUUGAUUAAUAGUCUGUCUCUUAAACCACUACGUUGCAUAUUCUAACUUAAUUUGUGUCCCAUUAUUUAAAACAAAGAAAUAGCUAAUUUUCUUCAAGUCAUCAUUUUAUGCUAGCCUCAUUUUAGGCAUCUUACUGAUAACUUUUUCUAUCAUUACUACAGAUGCAGUUACUUAUAGAAGCGUUUGUAAUUUUAUAAUUACCAGUAUAAAGUAAUGAUUUUUGCAUAAAAAUGAAAAAGGAUGGAAAUAUUUUAUGCUAAUCUUUUUCCAACCUUUCAUAAAUAUCACUGUGAAGAAAUGCUGUUUAAGCAAGUUCUCAAGAAGCUGUGCUUAUUAGAGUUUGUUACUGACGUUUGAUAUCUUGAAAUAACUUUGUUCUUCAAAACUGCCAAGGUAAUAUCAUAUUUCUAUUAAAGGGGUAGCUGUAGAAAAAGACUGUCAUACAGUACAGUAUAUGUGCAUUCAAAAAUCAUUUUUAAAUGAUAAGGUACCACUGAAGGGUUAAUAAUUUGGAAUACAAAGCUGGUUGGCGGUUUGUCUCCAGGGAUUGUUUCUGCAAAGUAAUGAAGCAGGUAGCAUUUUCACUCAGUUAUUAACGUUGCUUUACAUACUUAGCUGUAACAUCAGUUAAGUUUGUUUCUUUUGUUUUGGAGAGUUUUUAGCUUUGGCUUUUUUGUUGGAUUUGGUCCAGGGUUUUAAGUUGGAGUUGGUUUGGGGUUUUUUUCUUUUAGAGAAGUUUAACAGUUUGUACUUAUGCAACAUUACUAUGUAUUGCACUAAACAAACUCUGUGUCUUGUAAAUAUAUUUAGUGAUAAACUGUAAAAAUAAAGUAUGAAGAAACA